AUGGCUGCCAACGGGCAACAGCGUAGUGGGCCGGUCCCCAUUGCCCCGGCACCGAGAACCCACGGAGGACCCGAUAGAAGCGGCAGUGGCGGCCCAUCUCAGCCUGCCAUGUCCUACGCUUGCCAGACCUGUGCCAAGCGGAAAGUCAAAUGCGACAAGUUGGCCUCGGCUUGUUCCCGAUGCCGCAAGGCCGGGCUCGAAUGCAUCUACCAAGUACCCGACCCACGAUCUCGGAAAAGGAAAGUGAGCGACGAUGUGCUUGAAAGACUGGCCCGAUAUGAGCGCAUUUUGCAGCAAAAUGGUCUGCUAGAUGCCGAAACAUCAACCGUCGAAGAGAUGUCAUCUCGGGAAUCGGCAUCGGCCAGUCAUAUCAAACCCCGGGUAUCAAAAUCCGGUAAGCUUUUGACUGGCCAGGGAAGGUCGAGAUAUAUCGACAGCGAUAUGUGGUACAACCUCGGAGAUGAUACGAUUCAACACCUGUCCGAUGACGAGGAAGAGAAUGAAAUGGCCCUUGGCGAUACCCAUGUCCCUGGGGGUGACGCGCCAGAUCCGUUGACUGGUGCAUUCAUAGGCUCCCAACAAAGCGUUCUGGAGUAUCAUCCAAGCCAUGCGGAUGCCAUGGUAUUAUGGAAGACGCAUACUGAAAACGUGGAGCCUUUAUGCAAAGUUCUGCACAUUCCAUCAACUGAUAAAAUGAUUGAGUCCGUUUCGCAACAUCCUGAAAUGGCCUCGAAAUCAGAUGACUGUUUGUUAUUUGCGAUAUACCACGUUGCGGUGUUUUCCAUGACGGAGGAAGAAUGCACCAAUCAACUCGGACAGGCGCGGUCGACGCUGAUGCAACGAUUUCACUUUGGCGCACGGCAAGCUCUCGUGAAUGCGUCGUUUCUCAAGUCAACGGAGGUUUCCGUCUUGCAAGCUCUCUACCUGUUCCUUCUGUCCAGUCGUCACUGGUACGAUCCGCACACUUUCUGGAUCCUGACCGGGAUCGCGACUCGUUUAGGACAACGCAUAGGUCUCCACAGGGACGGAGAAAAGAUGGGCCUGCCACCAUUUGACGUGGAGCUGAGGCGACGGCUCUUCUACCAGAUUUUCCCACUAGAUGGCGGAGCAAGCCAAACUGCAGGUAUCGACUUUGUCACUCUGCCUGAAUUCUGGGACACUCAGCCUCCCUUGAAUAUCAAUGACGACCAAAUUUGGCCAGGAAUGACAGAGAAGCCAGUCGAGCAAACGGGCGCAACGGAUAUGAUUUUUUGUCUGUCGCGUGCAUACGUUGGGAAAAACCUAGUCAGGUCAGGAAAGCCAAUCAACAGCACAAGUCCCUUGAACUUCCCAGAUCACCACGAAGCGGAGAAGGUCAUAAGCGCAGCAGAAAGCGAAGUAGAGGAAAAGUUCAUUCGCUACUGUGAUAUUGUCAACCCGCUGCACUUUCUCACCAUCGGUCUUGCUCGGUCGGGUAUGACAGCUAUGCGUCUCAAAAUCCGCCUCCCCAAAAUUAGGGAUCAGACUGCCACUGAUGCGGAGCGGAAGGAGUUGUUCCAACUUGCACAAAAGACUUUGGACACUGAUGCGGCAGUUCAUGCUCACGGAGGUACCAGAAGGUAUCAGUGGCACAUCAGACCAUUCUUUUUGUGGGGGACACGGGACUCUUUUAUUUUCAUCUUGACUACAUUGUUGAAAAGACGUGACUUGCUCUCUACGGAAGAAGUCAAUGCGGCCUGGAAAAGCAUCGCGCAGCUCUACCACAACCACGAUGAGCUCUUUGACGACAAGCAAACUCUGCAUGUGGCCCUUCGGCGCCUUGCUCUGAAGGCUUGGGAUUCCUACCUGCCGAACAGCAGUGCCCCGGAGCCAGGCUUCAUUGAUACCUUGCGAACAUUGAGGGAAGAAAGAGAAAAGAAACAAAUCAGAAGAGACAGGUUGAUAUGUUCUACCGACGCAACAUCAUCAACUGGCCCAUCCCUUGCGAGCGAUGUGAAUACAUCACUCGGCAGUCUGUCGGAUAGCAUUGGUUUUGAAAUGGGCCCCAAUUUCGAGAUUGAUGUAGACGAAUGGGUAUUCUGGGGUCAAUUGAUGCAAGACCACCAGACCCAAGGCCGUCAACAAUGA